CUAGAGGUUCUCCUCUCUCUCUCUCUACAGUCUACCACCAAGCGGGUUGUGGAGCCCAAACUGGUCCUUUGCUUUGCUGGCUUCAAGCUCUCAAUUGUUGGUUCUUAAUGGGGUUUGUCUGCACAGACGAGAGAGACCAGAGUUUCAGUUGGCCCAAUCAGUAAGGCAUAUAGAUAGAGUCUCUCAUUGAUAACUCCUUUUCCCUCUCUCUCUCUCACUCCCUCUCUCUAUUCCAAUCCGUUCUUCAAUCAGCCCCAUCAUCUUCCCCACUCGGAGGAGUGAAAGAAAACAAAAAACCAUCGAAACCCACUUCAAUUUUAUCAUUGAUUUAAUGGAUCCACAGAUCUAGCUCUUUCAUCUGCAGAUCUUCCCAUCCUUCAAUUGUAAGGACUUCUAUUGGUAUAUUUGUGCAUAUCCUCCUGUGGAGUUAGAAGAGGAAUAACUCAACAUUGAGUUGGUAUUAUUUUGAUUGGUGUUAUUUUGGGUUGGUGUUAUUUUUAGUGCUUAUUAGAUGUGGAUAAUUUGGAGGGUGAUUUGGGUGAAAUGAGGGAUGUUAUCUGGGUUGAUGAACUUUUUGAGGGCCUGUUUUCGGCCAAGAUCGGAUCGAUAUGUGCACUCGGGCUCGGAUGCUGGCGGUCGCCAAGACGGGCUCCUGUGGUACAAAGAGACAGGGCAACACUUUAACGGUGAGUUCUCAAUGGCUGUAGUUCAAGCUAACAAUUUACUAGAGGAUCAGAGCCAAAUUGAGUCAGGCUGCUUGAGCACAAAUGACUAUGGGCCCUAUGGAACCUUUGUUGGAGUUUAUGAUGGCCAUGGGGGCCCUGAGACUUCGCGUUAUAUCAAUGAAUACCUCUUCCAGCAUCUCAAGAGGUUUACUUCUGAGCAACAAUCCAUGUCGGUCGAGGUGAUACGGAAGGCAUUUCAAGCAACAGAAGAGGGUUUUCUCUCUCUAGUUACCAGACAGUGGCCCAUGAAACCACAGAUUGCAGCGGUUGGAUCAUGCUGCCUGGUUGGUGUUAUCUGUAAUGGUAUCCUUUACAUUGCUAACCUUGGUGAUUCCCGUGCUGUUUUGGGGAGACUUGUCAAGGCAACAGGGGAAGUUCUGUCCAUUCAGCUUUCAGCAGAGCACAAUGCGGCUAUUGAGUCCGUGAGACAGGAGCUGCAUUCCUUGCACCCGGAUGAUCCACACAUAGUGGUUUUAAAGCAUAAUGUUUGGCGUGUGAAGGGCCUUAUACAGAUUUCAAGAUCUAUUGGUGAUGUGUAUUUAAAGAAGGCCGAGUUCAACAGAGAACCGUUAUAUGCUAAGUUUCGCCUUCGUGAACCUAUCAAAACACCAAUAUUGAGCUCAGAACCAUCAAUUUCAGUGCAUCAACUUCAGCCACACGAUCAGUUCAUAAUAUUUGCAUCAGAUGGUCUUUGGGAGCACCUUAGCAACCAGGAAGCAGUAGAUAUAGUUCAAAAUCAUCAACACAGUGGAAGUGCUAGGAGGUUAGUGAAAGCUGCACUACAAGAAGCAGCAAAGAAGAGAGAAAUGAGGUAUUCGGAUUUGAAGAAGAUAGACAGGGGAGUCCGUCGGCAUUUCCACGAUGAUAUCACAGUGAUUGUUGUUUUUCUUGAUUCACAUCUUGUCAGCAGGGCAAGCACAGUAAAGAGUCCCAACCUGUCCGUGAAAGGGGGCGGAAUCAACCUGCCUCCCAACACUCUUGCCCCUUGCACUACGCCCACCGAAGCUGGCAAUAUCUGAGGAAGAUGUUUCUAAUGUUAUCGUUCUCGUGUGAAUACAGUUUUAACAUGGAGAAAAAUUUCAGCAGUGAAGAAGUAUUGUGGAGCAGGUUGGUGGAACAUAUUGAAUCGACAUGGAAGCGAUUCUUUGUCUGGAAACAAGUGAUUGGUGGUGGUUCAGUAAUGGUGAAAGCUUCUCAACAUGCUUUCGUCUUCUUAUAGUAUGUUGAAGAUGCUGCUUAAUGAUGUUUGGUUCAUUGAAAGCUGGCUGGCUUUUCUUUUUCCUGAGUAUAAACUAUAAACCGGUAUGAUUUAAACUCAUUUACCGGUUACAUUUUCUGUUUUUUUUUUUUUUUUUUUUUUUUUUUUUUUUUUUUUUUUUUUUUUUUGUUAUCUAUUUAGGUUGAUGUUCUUUUUGUUGGAACUGCAAUAGUUUUUUUUUUUUAAAAAAAAAAAAAAAAAAAUCAAAACUGGUGCAACUAGGAAGGAUUAUCUAAUAUUCUACGAAAAAUUAGAUUAGGGAAUUGGCUCCAAUAUGACCUAUUUGUUUCUGUUUUCUAUUUUCCUUAUAGAUUCUGGUUUUGAUUUGGCUGCUUGUGGUUGUUUAAUGUUUCACAUGCUGUGAGGGGAAGUGAUUGAACCCUAAUUUGCAGGUGCACGGGAAUGACUAGGAUCAGCCCAAUAGCAAGUUGGGCCAACUGUGGCAUUGAUCCUAGUCAUCUUCAGUGCACCUUGGAGAGAAUUUUAGUGAUUAUUCAUAUAUAAAAAUAGAUAUAUAUUGUUUCCUUUUUAUGUUUUCUGACAUGGAUGCGUGCUCACUUUAGGGACAUAGCUUAUCUUGUGUCUAUUUGAUUUGAAAAUGAGGGGGGAAAGAAAAGUAGGGGAAUCACAAACUCAAGUUUGGCAAGAUAAGCAAUGUGUCUCCAUCUUGUGUCUCUAUUCAUGAUCUCGAGUUUGGCAAUAGUGUAAUAUCAUGCAUUAUUUUAUUAUUAUUAUUAUUAUAUUUUUAUAACAUGUGAAUUGGGUUGGUCACAUUAUAUUUUAUUUUUAUUUUUAUUUUUAUUUUUAUAUUUUAUAUUUUAUUUUUUAUAACAUUCAUUUCUCCUAUAAUAUUUAAUUUUUUAAAAUCAUUAACAAUGAUUUAAUUUCAUUAUAAAUUUUGGUCGCCCAUUAUAUAUCUUACUUUAAUUAGUCCUUUUGUUUUUACCAGUGCAUCUAUAGGGGUCUAAUUAAUUCCUAAUUCCAUUGGUUUCAUUCAUGAUAGUCUAAAACUAUCAUCAAGCUAAGACUAUUAGGGAGCAUCCAAUUUAUGACAGAAAAGGUUAAAAGUAAAAAAAAAAAAAAAAAAAAAAAA